CGAAUUUAGCAUCUAUUUAAUAGUUUUAUCCCACAAGACUUAUAUUGUUUAAAAAUCGUCCGUCAGACGCAACGGAGAGUGACGACCGGCAUAAUCCGUCGAUGGUGUUUGUGCUAGUAGCGUUGCAAUCCGCUUCUCCCCCACCAGCUACACUGUUAUAAUCUAACCUAACUCCAACCCAAUGAAUCUUGAUGCGUUUGGGAAGUAAAUCGACACUUAAAAAUGGAGGAAAACGAGUUUACGCCGUUGACGGUACCCAUGGAUUAUUUCCAGCAGUGCAUUUUGGUGAACGUUGGACUUGAAAAUCUUUCACAUAUUCAUCCAGCAGAUGUAUUAUAGGUACCAGUCGAGCCAGCAGCACCCCGAGGUGCACCACGUGAUGUCCCACCACAACCACUACAGUGAAGGCCCCAGGGACGAGCCCGUCAUGGCCGAGCUGUCGGUGCACAGGGAGCUGCCGCUCCACCAGGAGCAGUUUUCCCACAGCUACUCCCAUUACCAGGAGCCCGUCUACCAGCAGCAGGAGGAACAGCAACGUCAGCAUCCAUCUUACCUGCAGCAGCAGCAGCAACAACAACAACAAUACACAGUACAAGAACAGCCUCACUAUCAACAUCCAGUACAACAACAGCCUCAGUAUCAAAAUAUAACGCAGCAAGAGGAGCUCAAUGUUCAACACCAACCUCCACCUGCAACUCCACCUCAAGCGUUGACGCCGGCGAAGAAGAAACGAGGUCGUCCGCCAAAGAAUCAGUGCGAAGGAGGAGGAGGAGGCGGAUCGGUGAAAGAGGAAGAGGAGGAUGCGAGCGAGGCGGCGGCAAAGAAAGCCAAAAGGACCCUGAACCGCUUCAACGGCAUGUCAGUGGCUGAGGUUAUGGCCAAAACGCUGCCUGACGUUAUUACCUACAAUCUUGACAUUUUGAUCAUCGGAAUUAACCCGGGACUAUUGUCGGCCUACAAAGGACACCAUUACCCCAACCCUGGAAACCAUUUCUGGAAAUGUUUGUUUCUGUCUGGUUUCACCGAGCAGCAGCUGAACUUCACCCAUGACGAGAGCCUGCCGGAAAAAUACGGCAUCGGCUUCACCAACAUGGUGGAGAGGACCACGCCCGGCAGCAAAGACCUUUCCAGUAAGGAGAUCCGCGAAGGAGGGCGACAGCUUCUCGAAAAGCUGCAAAAGUACAAGCCGCUAAUAGCGGCUUUUAACGGAAAAGGUAUUUAUGAAAUCUUCUGCAAGGAGAUCUUUGGUGUGAAAUCCAAGAACCUGGACUUUGGCUUGCAGCCCUACAAAAUCCCAGACACUGAAACCGUUUGCUACUUGAUGCCGUCUUCCAGUCCGCGGUGUGCCCAGUUCCCUCGAGCGCAGGACAAAGUGCACUUCUACAUCAAGCUGAAGGAGCUGCGAGACCACAUGAAAGGCGCGGCGCCCAUCCGCGACGUGCUGGAGACCGACUACUCCUUCGACCUGCAGCAGGCUAAAGAAGAUGCAAAGAGGAUCGCCAUCAAAGAGGAGCAGAUGGACCCAGAGUAUGAAAGCUGUAGCGGUCAGCAUGGAAAUGUGAGGCAAAGCAAUCCAGGCAACUUUUACUGAAGGGAUAUUUUGCAGACAAUUGCAAACUGGUGCCGGCACACAAGAGGAAUCAUACAGUUUACUGCAGGAUUUUACUGAUUCCAAAAAAAAAAAAAAAAAUCACUCAACUGUUUGAGCCUACCCCUCACUGUGCAUGUAUUGUACUAGGUGUAAUAUUAUUCACUAUUUAUUGCAUUUGGUAUCUUUUUUUUCCUUUAGUUGCUUAUUUUUGUACUGUAUUUUGAAAUAAUGGAUUCUUAUGUGAUCUGUGUAAACCAGUAAUUCAACUUUAUGAUUUCUGAUAAACUCAUCAUGAAGACCAAUUUCUUAUAU